AUGUUUUCCUCACGGUGUGCCUCAAAUGUUUCUACUGCGUUUUCUUACUCAACACAUCGCCAUCUUCCUGGUCGAGAAGAGUUUGGUCAUCUCCGAGGGCGACGCCGUCCACGAAGAUUUGAGGGACGCGCGCUGUGUCGACAGAAGGAGGUUUAUGUGCAUGCGUUGACGUGCUUGGAAAUACGAGACUUACGCGAAGGCGGAAAAGACUGUCUUUGCAGAGGAAGAAGUCCUCGGCGCCUCCAGGCAGCAAUAAGUCGACUGUCAGGAACGUCUUGGGUAUCAAGAAAACCAGAGGAAAAAGAGACGAAAACAGAUAAACGUUGUCGCAGAGUGCCCUGA